AUGUUAAACCCGGACGAAAUGAUGGAGGAUGAAGAACAUCAACGUUUAUCGCAAAAUUGGGGAAACGCGGGUUUUAGCAACGGGCAGCAACAACAGCAACAGCCAUUGCCAAACAGUGCAGCGUUACCAGCUCAGCCACAGUCGCAGAACAUGGCCGGAGCGCCAUCGCAGCAAGGUGCAUCGACCUCGAGCCCGGACGCUGGGCUUUCGCAGAUGAUUCAACUAUUGCAGCAGCAAAUGAGUCAGCAACAACAGCUUAUGACGCAAAUAUUGCAAUAUCAACAGCAACCGGCAGCACAGUUGCUACAGCAUCCACAGCAGCCACAGCAUCCACAGCCUCCGCAACAAAGUUCGACACCGACAAACCCCGAGCUUAUCCUCGAAGCUUUAGCAAGCAAUAUAAGUGAAUUCCGGUAUGAUGCAGAGUCGGGAGCAACAUUUAAGGCAUGGUUUGAGCGGUAUGAAGAUCUGUUUCUACGGGACGCUUCCCGACUCGACGACGGUGCAAAAGUAAGGCUCCUAGGACGUAAGCUGGGCACCGUAGAACAUGCACGUUAUACCAGUUUUAUUUUACCCCGCGCACCCCGUGACAUGUCAUUCGAUGAGACAGUUGAAAAAUUAACGGCGCUUUUCGGCAGAACAGAGUCUCUACUAAGCAAACGCUACAAGUGUAUGCAGAUAGCUAAAUCGUGCAAAGAAGAUCUGCUCACGUUUGCUUGCCGUGUGAAUAGGGCGUGUGUCGAUUUUGAGUUCGCUGGGAUGAAUGAGGAGCAAUUUAAGUGCCUUAUCCUGGUUUGCGGGCUUAAGGAAGAAAUCGAUACCGACAUGCGCAAUCGGCUGCUUGCCCGCAUUGAGGAGAAGAAUGACGUUACAUUGGAGCAACUAUCGGCGGAAUGCCAGCGUAUAACUAAUAUAAAGGUGGAUAGCGCGUUGAUCGCUAAUGAUCACGGAGAACGAGUGUUUGCGGUGAAAAACGGUGGCCAAAGAUCGCAUCAACAGCAGUUUUAUCGGCAGCAGUACCAACCUUUCGGUCAACAAACUCAGACACAUCCCUGA